AUGGUUCACGGCGUCGUGUGUCUUCCUUUCCGAGUUGUCCACAAUGAGAGUUCUCAAGAGGUUCACAUUGCCUCUUUUGGGUUGAACAUGUUGGAUGAUGGUACUUCUGGCAGCAACAAGAUACGGAUUCAAAGCAAGAAUGCUGUAUGGUUGGCUCAAUGUGAAACAGCAGCAAGACAACAUGGAUGGCAUGGAGAUACGGGUUUAUUUUGGCGCAUUGAUGCUAUUGAGAAAUACCACAAGGUAAGAGUGUUCAUUGUGGGAUUGGCUGGAUUCAAGUGGACUUACCAAACGCCAUACAGUGGCAGAGCCUCUUUCGGCGAUACUAUUAUUAUCAAGGCUGCACGUCAAGACGUCAUUGUACUACACUUUCCUGUGGAGCUCUACAUGUUGUGCCCGGGGACAAGAGAAGAUGGUAUCUCUAUUGAUGCACUUCAUCGCGUCGAUCCACAGGAGAGUACCGGUACUAGACGUUUCUUUGGCUGUGCGCUUUUAUUAUUACUUUACAUCCUGAUGGCCUAUUUGGUUCCCAAGUCUGCGGGUGAUGAUUGCGUGAUUCAGCAGAGAGCCGCUUUGGUCUUUUGGUGCUUUGGAGUUUACAAGAUCACAGCUAUGAAUUGCUAA